CAUACUAUUCUCUUUCUCUCUCAUGGUCUCAUUCAUGUACACUACUCGCAAUUACUACACCUCUUACGCCCACCAUUUAAUGCAAUUGCACCAUCUCAAUACACUCAGCAAUAACUCAUCACUGCCACAUUUUUCCUCUCCAUCCUUUCCCUCUUUUCUCUUCCUUCAAUUCCCUUGUCCUCUCACCUUCUUCAUCUCCCUCUCCUCCCUUUAAACCACCUAUACCUUUUUUAAGCUAGACCACCUAAAAACACUCAUCAAGCUUCCCCUUCCUCAUUUAAUUACCAUAUACCCAACCUCUCUUCUUUCCAUUUCAUCUUUCAUAAAGCUUCCUCUCUUUUUUACUUCCUUUUUAGCACCUUUGUAGAUCUACAUUUUUUUUAGCUUCUUCUAGCCACUACUCUUCCUCUUGUGACACAUUAAUUUCCCCGAGACACCAGAAGAAUCAAAACAAAGAAUUCAUCAAACCCUUUCAAGGAUCUAAGAAAAGAGAGAGAGAGAAAAAAAACAAAGAUUCUCAGUUCAUGCUUUUGGAUUGUGAAAUAUGCAAAGUAGUUUAAUGAUUCCAACCAUAAACAUGCCUUCUAUGAUAGAAAAAAACAACAACAACAACGUUGGUGUCUUUGAAUUAUCUUCUUCUCUUUCUCUUGCCCAGAUUGAAAACAAUAAGCAUUUGGAAUCUUAAAGAUCUGUAGAAAAUGUUCCAGCCAAACCUAAUGGAAGCUGGACAACUUCAUCAUCAUCAGCUUCUUCCACUCGACAUGACGCAGAACAACAACACUUCGGAAAGCGACGUUCCGAGAAUCCGUGAGGAUGAAUUCUUUGACAGUGCUACAAAAUCUGGUAACAGUGAGAAUCAAGAAGCGGUUAAUUCUGGUGGCGAAGAUCAAGAGCCUCGUGCUAAGAAAAAACGUUACCAUCGUCAUACACAGCACCAGAUCCAAGAAAUGGAAGCUUUCUUCAAGGAAUGUCCACAUCCUGAUGAUAAGCAAAGGAAGGAACUGAGUAGAGAGUUAGGGCUAGAGCCAUUGCAAGUGAAGUUUUGGUUUCAAAACAAACGUACUCAAAUGAAGACUCAACAAGAGAGGCAUGAGAAUACUGCGCUUCGAACUGAGAAUGAGAAGCUUCGUGCCGAUAACAUGAGGUUUCGAGAAGCUCUUAGUAAUGCUUCUUGUCCUAAUUGCGGUGGACCGACGGCUAUUGGAGAGAUGUCGUUUGAUGAGCAUCAUCUGAGGCUCGAAAAUGCUCGACUAAGAGAAGAGAUUGAUAGGAUAUCUGCCAUAGCCGCAAAGUACGUAGGCAAACCGGUGGUGAGUUAUCCACUACUCUCUCCUUCAUCUGGUCCUCCCCGUCCUCUAGAACUCGGCAUUGGUGGUUUUGGAGGACAACCAGGACUGAGUGGAGGAGACAUGUACGGAGCUGGAGAUCUUCUUAGAUCGAUAAGUGGACCGACAGAAGCCGAUAAGCCGAUGAUAAUUGAGCUAGCUGUUGCUGCUAUGGAGGAACUCAUUGGAAUGGCUCAAAUGGGUGAUCCUCUUUGGUUAACUACACUUGAAGGCGCUUCCAUACUCAAUGAGGAGGAGUAUGUUCGGUCUUUUCCUCGAGGAAUUGGUCCAAAACCUGCUGGUUUUAAAUGCGAAGCUUCGAGAGAAACUUCUGUUGUCAUCAUGAAUCAUGUUAACCUCGUCGAGAUCCUCAUGGACGUGAACCAAUGGUCCACAGUUUUUUCUGGCAUUGUUUCAAGAGCAAUGACAUUGGAAGUGCUCUCAACUGGAGUAGCAGGGAACUACAAUGGUGCAUUACAAGUGAUGACAGCUGAACUACAAGUACCUUCACCACUUGUGCCAACAAGAGAGAGUUAUUUUGUAAGGUAUUGUAAGCAGCAUGCUGAUGGAACUUGGGCAGUUGUCGACGUUUCGUUGGACAAUUUGCGCCCAAGUCCUUCUUCAAGAUCUCGAAGAAGGCCUUCUGGUUGCUUAAUUCAAGAAAUGCCUAAUGGCUACUCGAAGGUUAUAUGGGUUGAGCAUGUAGAAGUGGAUGAAAGAGGUGUUCAUAAUCUAUACAAGCAACUCGUUAGCUCCGGGCACGCAUUUGGCGCGAAGCGUUGGAUCGCAACAUUAGAUCGACAAUGUGAAAGACUUGCUAGCGCGAUGGCGACAAACAUUCCCACAGUCGAUGUUGGCGUGAUAACAAACCAAGAUGGGAGAAAGAGCAUGUUGAAACUAGCUGAAAGAAUGUGCAUAAGCUUUUGUGCUGGAGUGAGUGCUUCAACUGCUCACACAUGGACAACACUUUCCGGUACCGGAGCCGAUGAUGUCCGUGUCAUGACCCGUAAGAGCGUGGACGAUCCAGGAAGACCGGCCGGCAUUGUUCUUAGUGCCGCAACUUCUUUUUGGCUUCCAGUUUCACCAAAAAGAGUUUUUGAAUUUCUGAGAGAUGAAAACUCAAGAAGUGAGUGGGAUAUUCUUUCUAAUGGUGGAGUUGUUCAAGAAAUGGCACAUAUUGCUAAUGGAAGAGACACUGGAAACUGCGUAUCGCUACUUCGAGUGAAUAGUGCAAAUUCAAGCCAAAGCAACAUGUUGAUAUUACAAGAGAGUUGCACAGACACAACAGGAUCAUUUGUGAUAUAUGCACCUGUGGACAUAGUUGCAAUGAAUGUGGUUCUAAAUGGAGGUGAUCCUGAUUAUGUUGCGCUUCUUCCAUCUGGAUUCGCUAUAUUACCGGACGGAACAACUAAUGGUGGAAAUGGUGGUGGUGAAAGUGGUCAUGGUGGCGGUGGUGGUGGUUCUCUAUUGACUGUUGCAUUUCAAAUAUUGGUUGAUUCUGUUCCAACAGCAAAACUUUCUCUAGGAUCUGUUGCUACCGUUAAUAAUCUCAUUGCUUGUACCGUUGAGAGGAUUAAGGCUUCGUUGUCCGGUGAAGUUGCUUGACCAUCAAGUUACCUAAUUAAUGUAACAUAAUUAAGUUAAGAAGGGCAAAGAAGUAUGCAUUGCAUUUUGGAUAAUGUGUAGGAUAAGGAAGUGAAGCUUAUAUUAAAAAAGGAUGGGGAGAAGUCAAGAGCGCACCUUGCAAGAUUUUCCUUUUCAGAACGAUUGAGGGCUGAGAGGAUUAGGGUUCGGGAAUUGACUUCCCUAGAUAAUAGUAAAAACUACUCCCUUCGAUCUUAAAUAUAAAUAAAAAGUCAAAUGUAUUUGAUUAAAAUUUGAAUCAAAUACAGUUAACUUUUUGAGUCAUAUUUAAGAUCGAAGGUUGUAAGAGCUAAAAUUAAGACCUUCUCUUCACCUUCUAAGACAAUCUAUCUAUCUAUCAAUUUCUAGUUAGUGAUAUCAUUUUGACGAUGAUUAAGUUUGUAGCUUUUAAUUUGAUGUAACCUUUCAUGUUUCUUCUAUUGUUAUAAAUUUGUGCUUUAAUUAGCUCA